GAUAAUCCCGAAACGCCAGUGUUCUAUUCAGAAUAUAUCUCUUCCCUCUCCCAUUUUAAGAUUUCUUCGUCACUCGUUCGCUUUGUUGAUCUCCGGCUGCAUUCUCUCCUCCGCAUCUCCUCGCUCCUCUUCGGAUCCGAAUUGAGGGAGAUAAAGAGGAGAGAGAGAUAGAGGUAGGAGUGUGAGAUCUGGGGAUCUGGCGGAGGGAAGCGGAAUUUUGGAUCUCCGGCGAGGAUUUCUGGUUGUGCAGCAGCAAUCCCAGGCGCAACCACCGGAACGGCCGGUGUUCUGUGAGAUCUUUUUUUUUUUUUUUUUUUUUUGUCUCGAGAGUCUGAGCAAUGACGGCUGAUGCUGGCGAGUAUAGUGUUAGAUCUGGGGUCGAAUUGGAGGGGACGGUGGGUCUGGGUUUAGAGAUUGAGGGCGAUCGGAAGGAGGGUGGGGAUCCAAAUGGCAUUGCGUGCUGGGUUGGUGAGGAGAAGGAUGGGGGUCGUGUUGGGCGGUCGGUGGUGGUGGAGAAUGGAGGUUUCGAUAAUUCACCGCGUAAGGAUCUUGAUUUGGACGUCAAAGUAGAUCCAGAGGCCAUCGGAGAUCAGGAAACGAGCGAAGGGAAUGAAGAGAACGGGGAAUUGAUUGUGGAGAAUGGGGAUGGUUACCAUGAAGGUGUUGAUCAUGUGAUAGAAUUAGCAACGACUGGGGCUUCUGUUUGUAAGGACACCACAACCUUUGACGAUGUGAAAGAGGUAAACGUUGAAGCAGAUUCAAAAGGAACUGUUGCUGAGGAAGGACAUGCUGAGUCAGAGGCUGAUGAACCGAAAGACAAAAUCAAUAUUGAUAUGCUUGGGGAGAAGGAAAGUGAUGCAAAAGGUGGAAUGUGUGAGGAGGAAGUGGAGAUGAGCAAGGAGGAGGUGAAUGUGGAGCUGAGCUCCGAGAAUAAUCAGGAUCACUUGGUGGAUAAUGCUAAACUGGAAAACUUUAGGGACAAAAGUGAGGUUGAACUAGACUCAGCCACCAUUGAGGAAGGAGAAAAACAAGGAGGCGAGACCACAGUUGAGGAGAUGAACCUUGAAGUAGAAUCAGACGCAACUGUUGAAGUUGAAAAGAAGCCGGAGAAUGCAGUUGCAGCGGUUAAUGACCACAUGAGUUCAGGCUCCUCUGAUGAUGAUGACAAAAAGCAAGAACCUGAGAUCGUAGGCAUUGGGACUGACCAACAAGAGGUACCAAAAUCAUCUACUGUAGAAUGUAAUGAUCAAGAAGCAAAGAUUAUGGUCAAUAAUAUCUACCAUCAACUGGGACAGAAAGUAGUUGACAGAAUGGAUAGAAAGCUGGAGAUCGUUGCUGCUACUAGAUAUGAUGAUGGCGAAACAGAUAAGAUUGCACCUACUUUGGCCGAAGUGACAAAGGAGCCACGGUCCAUGCCUUCUACACCAAACAAUCAUGACCAAGUAGAGUCAGUUAUUUCUGAAUCCCAGUUUAUGCGGACCAAAGAUCAAGUAGAAUCAGAAUUAACUACUGAAGUAGAACCCGAGGAGGAGCUCAAGACUGGAGUGACAAAUUUUGUGGACCAAGCUGAACCAACACCAGCUGCAGAAGUUGCAAAAGAACAGAAAUCCAAGACCUCGGUAACAGAGAUUCUGCCAUCUGAAUCAUCUGUUGAGCAAAAGGAAAUGAGGUUGUUGAAUGGAUCCAAUAAUCUUUUGACACAUAAAUGCUUGGAUAAAAAUAGGACAGUCUUAGAUGUCAAUAAAAGAACCACUUUACAAACAGUAGAUGACAGUGAAUCAUCUGAAAGUCAAAAUGCCAAAUAUAUCUCUGACAGUGAUGCUAAGUUAAAUAAGGCUGAAGCAGGCAGUGAACCCAUCAAGAAUUGUAACACUAUUGUCGUUGAACAUUCUAAUGAUUUGCAUCCUACAGAAGGUUCCAGCAGCUUAGAUGUGCCUCAUGUUGUCUACAAGGAAGUAGAAGUUCCUAUUUCUAUGGAAGAGCUGCUAGAUGCCAGUGAUCAAUCCAUUGGUAGUUGUACCCAACCUUGUGUUGAAGCAAGUCCUUCAGAAAUGGAAGGUGGUAAUUUCAGUGCAGUAGAUGUGCCCAGCCCAUUAGAUACCAAUAGUGGCAUGCCAGUAGAAUCAUCGCAACUUGCAAAUGCAGGUGAAAGCAUGUCUGAUUUUGCUAAUACUUGUGCGGACAUACAAGACAAAUUAGGCAAUGAUGUAGCUGGAAGUGACAGUCAUGAAGCUGAAACUGGCUUUAAUGUAGCUGUUGAUCAUGUUGACAAAGUCAAAUCUAACAUUUCUUUGAUCAGUUCUACUGAAGAUGGACUAUGUAUGACUGUGAAUGGCAAUGAAGAAGCUGUGCAAGGGGAAGCUGGAGUUAUUGAAGGGAUUCAAGUCCCAACAAAAGAUCCUAGUGCGUCAAACUUGGGAGGUGAGAAGGUGGACACUCCCUCGGGAAAACCCCAAGCGAUUUACAUAAUUAGGGUACCAAGAUAUGUAGAUGAUCAGCUCUCAUCAAAGAUACAGAUUGCUCAGUCAGAAGUGAAUGAGAAAACACAAAGAAGGGAUUCUAUCAAAGUUGCUAUUGAGAAGCAGAAGGUGACUUGUAAUGAAUUCUGGAAAAGGUUUGAAACUGCAAAAGCAGAAGAGAGAGCUGCAAGAGCUGCCGUUACUGCCAAGCGCCAACAGAUAGAUUCUGUCCAGUUAAUGAUGAACAAGUUGAAAAAUGCUCAUUCAAUUGAGGAACUCCAUGAUAAGAUACAAACCAUGGAGUUCGAGCUUCAGCAUGCAACCAUGCCUUUGAAAGAAGAAAAGCAAUACAUACGUGAGCUUAAACAGUUGAGACAACAGGUAGAUCAACUCACUUCCAGUAUGGGUUCAGAGGCAGAAAUUGAUGAGGUAUUUGAUCAAAAAGAGGUUGAUGAGCGGUUCAAGAGUUUGAAGAAGGAACUAGAACCUCUUAGAACUGAAGUGUCGCGAACUGAAGCAAAUUCUGCUGCCGCCCGGAAGAAGUAUGAUGAACAACAACUUCUUCUGAAAGGUCUUCAACAACAAUUUAAAGAUGCUGAUGCUGUUCGGCAGAAAGCAUAUGGGCAUUGGCGAGAACUCAAAAAUGUGUUAAUCGAAAAGUACAAACAUUUUGGCAUGUACAAGAAUGAUCAGAAAUCUGCAGAAAACUAUAUAUCUUCAAAAGAUUUUGAGGGACUCCAGCUACAUUGUAGCAAACAGGUGGAAAAGGUAAUGAAUCUAUGGAACAAUGAUGAUGAGUUCCGCAUGCAGUAUGUUAGAUCCAACAUGAAUAGCACAUUGAGAAGAUUGAAGACAUCUGAUGGAAGAUCCCUUGGCCCAGAUGAGGAGCCACCUGUUCUUCGAAGCAACCAAGGCAAGGGUCCAAGCUUUCCUCUGCCACUGGCCAACAUCAGUAAUUCUGUUCCACCUGUGGCCUUGGAAGCAAAAAUAGAAGCAUCCAAAGGAGUAGAUUUGUUUCCAACUCUGCAAGCAGCAACAAAGAAUCAGCCUGUUAAACCGAAAAAAACUGCAAAGCCUAUUUCAGACAAGACCAAGGAAACUGUUGUUGCUAAGGUUUUGGAUAGAGAAGUUGAAAAUAAUGAAGUGGAUAGUCGAACAAAGGAGGAAGAGGAGCGCAUAAAGAAGGAAGAAGAAUUGUUGAAGAAGGAAGAGGAAUUAAGAAAGCAAAAGGCUGAGGCUGAGUUCAAAGAACAGUGCCGGUUAGAGCAGAGAGCUAAAGCCAAAGAGGCAGAAGAAAGGAAAAAGAGACAAGCUGAGAAGGCACAUGCCCGAGCAGAAUACCGGGCACAGAAGGAAGCUGAACUAAGAGAGAAGAAGAGAGCAAAGAAGCACAAAAAGAAAGGUGUGACUGGUGAAGACACUACAGUGAGUGGCGCUGAGGAAGACCCUGCUCCCUCUACUGAAACUAGUCCACCUGAGGCUGCUCGGGAAGCUGAUGUCACAGCAACAAAAAACAGACCUUCACGGCCAGUCGUCACGGCAAAGCAGUAUAACAAGAUACAGUCAAUUCCUCUGCCACUUCGUAAGAAGGGUAAGCGAAAGAUGGCUACAUGGAUGUGGGUGCUUCUAACAGUUCUGGUAGUACUCUUACUGUUUCUGGCAGGCAACUACAUCUCCAUUUCCGGUCUCACUUUCCCACAGUCUGCAUUUUGAGCAUAUUCAUAUCACAUGCAUACAUAAACAUAUAUUUAUAAGUUAAAGGUCUAUAGGGGGUAAGAAUGGCUGUCAUUAAUAUAGUGACGACCAUUCUUCUGUGCACUACUUGGCUGGUUAUCCUUCUUUAGAUUGCUUUCACUACUUCUGAUUCAUGGUUGGAGGUCUUCAAUGAUAGUAAUGCAUUUGUUGAUUCAAUGUUGACAAUCAGUAACCUAUUUGAGCUCAUUAUCAUAGGGCAUAUUUAGUAUC